AUAUUAAUUCAAUUAUAAUUUAAUGUCACACUUUUUGUCCGUCAGAAUUAUUUUGAACUGUUUUCAGAAUAUUUUUCUUACGUGAAUAUUUUAUUUAUUUUUAACUAUUUUUAUUGAACACAAUGACAUUUAACCCUUUUGGUCCUUCUGAAAUAUACGGCUACCAAACACUAUGGCAUACCAUAGGAAAUUAUAUGGCUCGCCUUGAACAAUAUGAAAAGUCUUUGCCAUUCUUUGAUGAAGCUGUUCUGAAAUGCCCAAAUGAUAAAAAGACGCUAAUCGAUAGAGGAAAAGUAAGGGGAAAACUAUGCAACUUCGAAGGAGCUUUAGAAGAUAUCAAUAAAGCAAUAAAAUUGGACCCAAAAGAUCUGGUCUCUUUGGCCGAACGAUCAGAAGCUGUGUACCUUAGCUGCGAAUUUGAGGAUGCAAUAAUACAGAACUACAGGCUUCUUCCUCUCCGACAAAAACCAGACCACUUUUCCAUGGGAAUAAGGAAAUGUUCAACGGCUAUAGAGAACUGUUUGGGUCCUGUUGCUGGAUCUCCUCUUCGAGAUUAUUUCUUGAUUAUAAGGAAAUUAGCAUGGCUAGAAACAUUUAAUGCUGGAAAGAGAGUAGCAUUUGUUGCAAAAAAUAAAAAAAUCAAGAAACCGAAAAGGAAAAGACGCGAAAAGAAAAAGAUCGAUGAUGAAGAAACGUUCGAUUCAAAAUUACAAAUAAAAGAUAGCAUUUACAGUAAUCAAACAGAUAAUUUUGUAGUUCCACCUCUUAACCAGUCCUUUAAUUUCUUCCCUUUACAAAAUUAUACAACCAACAUAGAAAAUUACAUGGCGGAAACUUAUUUGGAGCGUAUGUACCGCGAAAAGGUGUUUGUAAAAGAGUUAUUGAAAAAACCAGGACUUAAUUGCCCAAACCAAGAAGGUGUAAAAAAGCUAAGAACAAUUGCUAAGGAUUGUUAUAAAACAGUUUAUGAUAAACAAGAAGCUUUAAGAACAAGAAGACCGUUUUAUAAUGUUAAAUACCAACAGGCAUUUAUAUCUGGUAAUCUGAAAGACAGACUGGAAGCUGAACUACAACUUCACCAAGAAAAUACCAAGAAAGAAGCCGACAAAAUAGUUGCUAGAUUAGAAAAGGCUCUGGCUGCCAACAACCUCAUAGCUGUUAUAGAUCUUUCAGAAAAAUUGAAGAAAUACUGCGAUUCAAAAUCAAAACGACUUUUACCAGACAAACAUAUAUACCUAAGUAAAAUCUAUGACAUGAUACGCGAUGCUUUCUAUAGUGUAAAUAGAUUAAAUCCAGACCAGCCAAGAUGGCACCAAGAUAAGAGGAUACUGGUGGCUCUUGGACAGCCUAUUAGUAAAGAACCAUCGAGAGAUUCUGUUAUUGCAUCGUAUCGAGCUCCACUUCUAGACUUUGCUCAGCAAAUUAAAAUGUUCGAAGAUCGGUUGGAAGCAGCUGAAGAUGAUAUUGAGAUGUUAUGGUACUACCACGAACUUGCUAGGUACAAUUUGUUGGCGAAAAAAUAUGAAGUGGCCAAAUCGUAUUGUACAAGAUGUGUCCUGCUAGCAGAAAAAAAUAACGAGUACCAAUGGUAUAUUAACGGAACGGUUCUACAAAUGAGAGUAUGUAUCAAGUUAAUGAACAAAAACGAUGCUAUAAUAGAAGCUAAUAAGGGUAUAAUUAUAGCCAAGGAACUGCACGACAAAAAUUUGGAGAAGUAUUUACUAAGGUGCAUUCACGUGAUAUCAGACUUGGAAUUCGACGAUCACACCGGUAGGAAGCAAUUACAAAAACGUCAAGAGAAGAUUUUGGCACUGAUGCAAAGCGACAAAAUUAAGUCAGAAUUCUCACAUUUGUUCAGGAUCAUGUCUGCUCAACCAGAUAGUAGAAGAAUGAAUAUAAUCCCUGGAAUGCGAGUAAAGAAGAGGGACAGUGGACCAACUAAAAAACGUAGUGAGACCAGGUCAUUUACUUCAAGAAGGAGUAGCCCCGGUACGUUAACCGGGCUACCCUAUUAACCUAUCAAUGGCAAGUGGAAGAUUUGAUUGAUACAGGCAUGUCUUUUCAAAAACCCGGAUUGUUUGCCUAUUUAUUGAAUUAUGUGUUGUACCAUUUAAAAAAGGAAUGAUGAAAAAGAGUUCGGUCCAAGAUAUUAUGAAUCAUAACAAACGCCCAUCCACUAUUUAUAAUAAUCGAAAUGUGUUACUUGCGGAUCUCUUGGAAAAUAAUAUCCAAAUACACGGACAUUAUAUGACACGGAUAAAUUAGUAAACCUUAAUAUUAUUUUACGACUAGAAGAAAUUACUUAUAGUAUUUAGAUAGUAAUAAUAAUUGUAUUUAUGUAUGACCUGUGUAUUGCAUGU